CUCUUACCAUUUUAUUUACAUAACACCCCAAUGGAACAUACAGAACCUAUACAAAUGCUUUGCGCCCUCAAUACCGACAAGGAUAAUGGAGACCAAUGAGGGAGAACGAAGAGAAAAGAGCUCUCAGAUUGAAGAGAUGUAGUUGAAGUGUUGGAAGAGAUGCUUGGGCAAACUUCUGUAGAGGUUAUUAGGGAUUCGUUGAUCAAUUGAUACAGAUUGUGAGCAGUUAUGAGGAUUAAUAAUAAUUCAGAAAAUGACUUUUCUUCUUGACUUAGAAUUGGGGCAACACAUUCAGUUUUGAGGAAUUCAAUUAAGGUGACUGGAUGGAAAAGGAAGGAUAGGCAAAGAAGGCAACGAAUACAGCAAGAAGAAAUGGCGACUGAACCAUCUGAGACAUCCGAGACACCUGGAUCAUUACAAUUUUCUGAAGGAUCUCAAACAUCUGAGGCUUCCCAAUCAGUCAGCGAAAAUAUUAGAGAUGAACUUCCUGACGAUAAGAAGCUAUAUAUCGUCAACGAUUUCAAUUAUAUAGAAGAAAUUGGCUGAAUUACACCAGAUGAGUGAAACAAAAUAGAAGAACUAUUUAGCGCCGUUAAUCAGCUAGAUCAUACUAAAUUCUCUCUAUUCUGCAAGGAUCAAUUUAAUGAUGUCUAUAACACAUGAGGUUUUGUUACUCCUAUCAGCAAAGAGAAAUAAAAGUAGAUUUUUUAGAUUUAGAAAUCCUUGAGGAUCAGGAGAUAAGAGUGAAACAAAAUGAAUGAAGCUUCAAAAGGUAUACAUGAGUAUCCAGAUUAAUAAUUAUGACUUAAGCAGCAAAUAAAUCAGCUUCUCGCGUUUUCAUUAAUGAGAAUGAUGAGUUUUACAAAAUUGGUUGUCAAAGAGUAUAUGAAUCAGUACUUCUCUUAACUCGCAUGCGUAGGUCAAUCAAAUUCAUGCUGUCAGAAUCCUCAGAAGAAGAACUAAACCCUUUCUUUGACUUGGAUACGCUUGCAAAGCUAACUAUUUAAGUUUGAUAAUGUUUUAUCUAAUUAAAUCCAAACCCUUAAUUUUGUGCUCUACUUGUAGAGAACUCUGAUUGGCUGCUCACAAUUUCAUUGGCAAAUUUUCUGGAAAAUACGAUUUCCUGAAUUAAAAAUAUUAAAAAAAGAUUGAAAGCUCUGAAAGAAUUAGCUGAAAAGAAUUAUGGGAGAGGGGAAAAGCAGAUUUAGGGGUAUGCUAGCAUGAAUAGGAUUUUAAAGGUUUAUAAAGCCUUGUAGUAUCUCCAAAAGUCAUAAAUAUAUAAGCAUUGGGGAAAAAUUGAUUUAAUAUUGAUAAAACUUCAAUUCUGAUUAAAUGUCAGAAGAGAACAUGAAAAGAAGAAUGCUUUAGUUAAUAUUGUUAUCGAAAUAGGUCAGUUAAAAAGGCUGAUAAAUCUUAA